UGUAUGUACUUCAGUACGUCACCUGAUAUACAAUUGGACAUUGUCACAACUUUCCAAAAGAAUUAGAGAAUUGAGAAUUGGUAAAAUAGAGGAAUGUCUGAAGUAAUCGUCCCCCAGAAUCAGAGUCGAGCCAUGGGUGGUGGAAUCAAGAGAGACCAUCAGGGAAAGGAAAAGGUGGCGGACAGCAGCAGGGCUACUAGGGAUAUGCCUCGCAACCAAUACACUUCCAUGUUUGAGUCUUUUCGCGACGAAUUGGACGAGCAUCAUGAUCGCCGUAUGAAGACUGGGAAGGUUUCCCGAGAUGUCACAGCUCUCAGUAAGAAGAUAAUCUUCUCGCUGCAACGUGUCCGCAAGCUGAACCAGCCACUCCCGCCUCGCAUCCAAGCAGACGUCGAUGAGCGUCUAAAGGAGAUAGCAGGGCACCUAGCUACCAUCGAGUCAGACGUAACCGGAAUGAACCGCUACCGUUAUCCGUUGAUAUGUCUGGAAGAAUUUGUUGAAGCAAUCUCGUUCUCUCAUUACCUCCAACACCAGAAGCUCCUCUCACCGUCACAGGCCCAAGAUGCCCUUCCAGCUGACAUAGCACUAACGGCCCCUGACUACCUAUUCGGUAUAUUCGACCUAACCGGCGAGAUGAUGCGUUUCGCAACUGCUGUCACCGCGCUAAGCGGAAGCAUGCCGGGGUCAAGCUCCAAAAGCUCUACGGACAAUCGGACUAUCUUGAACGAUCUUCAAGAUGUAAGCUCCAUGCUUCAGAUCUGUCCGCCCGCCGGCGGAAAGCCGAGCGUCUACGCCAAGAAGUUGGACAUCAUGAUCGAGCAGGUCCGGAAGGUGGAGAGGGUUGGAUACGGUAUCACAGUCCGGGGUAAUGAGCGGCCGAAGGGUUGGAUGCCGGAUAUGAACGAAUCUGGCGGGUUUGAGAGGGAUCGGGAGGAUGUGUCUAUGGAUUGAUGCGAGAGUGUCCCAUCUCCAUUCGCCCGGUGUAUACCCAUGCAAUAUGUGGCUCUACAUGCACUUCAUCAACGCAUAUCGAACAGGGAGAUCAGGGGGGCUCCACAUCAUAUGAACCUCGUUUUCCGAGCCCGUGAUUAUUGUAGAUACUCAUGUAAUGAAAAGGGAGGAAAUAAAGGAAGAGGGAUUCCUAGGUACAGUGGUGUUCUCUAUAGGUCUCUUUUUAGUGGCGACCCAUUUUACUAUAGGCCUGGCGGGCUAUUUACCUUCCCAACGUAGCUCUAAACUACUACUAGCAACCUUGGCUAGUUAGUUAAAGAUAGUAAAACUAACCUGUGCUCUGAAA